GGAAUGACAAUGUUCAAUUUAUGUUAUUGAAAUUGCACAGGAAGAAAGUUGCAGCCUGCGCAAAGCACUUUGUUGGUGAUGGUGGAACCACAAAGGGAAUCAAUGAGAACAACACAGUGAUAAGCAGACAUGGAUUGCUAAGCAUUCACAUGCCAGCCUACUAUAACUCAAUCAUCAAGGGUGUUGCAUCGGUCAUGGUCUCUUAUUCAAGCUGGAAUGGAGAAAAGAUGCAUGCUAAUCAUAAUCUGGUCACUGACUUUCUCAAGAACACACUACGCUUCAGGGGUUUUGUCAUAUCAGAUAUGGAGGGAAUUGAUAGGAUUACUUCCCCUCCUCAUGCUAACUACUCAUACUCCAUUUAUGCUGGAGUCACGGCUGGAAUUGACAUGGUAAUGGUGCCCUUUAACUAUACAGAAUUCAUAGAUGGCCUAACCACACAGGUGAAAAAGAAUAUCAUACCCAUGAGCCGAAUUGAUGAUGCAGUAAAGAGAAUUUUGAGGGUAAAAUUCGUUAUGGGACUUUUUGAGAAUCCUUUGGCUGAUAAUAGUUUAGCCAACCAGAUUGGGAAUCAGAAGCAUAGAAAUUUGGCUAGGGAAGCUGUGAGGAAAUCAUUGGUUCUAUUGAAGAAUGGUGAAAAUGCAGAUGAGCCACUGCUCCCUCUUCCUAAAAAGGCUAAAAAAAUUCUGGUUGCUGGAAGCCAUGCUGAUAAUCUAGGAUAUCAAUGUGGUGGCUGGACCAUCGAAUGGCAAGGACUUAGUGGCAACAACCUUACUAAAGGUACAACAAUUCUUAGUGCUAUCAAGAACACAGUUGACAAAGACACCGAGGUGGUCUACAAGGAGAACCCAAGUUUAGAGUAUGUAAAGUCCAACAACUUUUCCUAUGCCAUUGUGGCAGUUGGAGAGACACCAUAUGCUGAAACAAAUGGUGAUAGCAUGAAUUUGACAAUCUCUGGAAAAGGGGCAGACACCAUAAACAAUGUGUGUGGAGGAGUCAAAUGUGUGACUGUGAUCAUCUCUGGUCGUCCUGUGGUUAUACAGCCAUAUGUUGAUGUGAUUGAAGCACUUGUUGCUGCAUGGCUUCCAGGUUCUGAGGGACAUGGUGUCACUGAUGUGUUGUUUGGUGAUUAUGGUUUCAGUGGCAAGCUUCCAAGGACAUGGUUCAAAACCGUUGAUCAGUUGCCAAUGAAUGUUGGAGAUUCUCACUAUGAUCCCCUUUACCCAUUUGGAUUUGGCCUUAAAACCAAACCCCACAAAGCCAAUUAGGAACUGAAAAUAGUGGCUUCAUUUUCCUUUGUUUUUGUUGAUUUUAGGGUCUAGUUUCCUCAGUAACGUGCAUGUCUUUUUCUUUGAAUAUUAUCCUUAUAUAAUUUUUCUUUUUAAUAUGAAGGGCUUUCG